UUCGUAUUUGUUAUUAGUUAAUGAAAUAGACAGUAAAUUUUCUUCAAUCUCUGUUAUUAAGCCAGAAUAUAUGCAAUUUCAAGAGAAUAUAAUACCAAAUGAAUCCCAAUCAUCAACCUUAUAUUCUGAAAAGAUAUUUUUAACAUGGGAAGCAUGUGAAAACUUCCUUAAUGAAUGGGUUAAAAGGCAAAGAUUUUGA